AUGCGUCUGAGACACACUAAAACACUAAUAGCUCCGCAGUGCGCAGAAGCAAAAAUAGCCGCGAUCGCAUGGGCACCGAACAAUAAAAAACUUGCUGUGUGCGGAAGCGAUCGCAUUAUUGUACUUUUCGAUGAACAAGGAGAACGAAGGGAGAGAUUUUCUACGAAGCCAAGCGACCCAAAAGCCCCAAAGAAAAGCUACGUCGUCACUGGCCUCGCUUUUUCUGCAAAUUCUACAAAACUUGCUGUAGCACAGUCUGAUAAUAUCGUAUUUGUUUAUAAGCUUGGUGAGAACUGGGAUGAGAAAAAAUUGAUCUGCAACAAAUUCCCCCAACAAAGCCCUGUUACUUGCGUCAUCUGGCCCGCAGAUCAGCCCAUUAUCUGUGGACUUGCUGAUGGAAAAGUGCGGUCAGCUAAUCCUAAGACAAACAAGUCAUCAACAAUUUACAAUGCGGCGUCGUACACCGUUGCACUCUCCUCGAAUUUAUCAGGAAAGGGAUUUAUUUCCGGCCAUGCGGACGGAAAAAUAGUACGUUACUUUUUUGACGACGAAGGAUCAGGUGACUCGCAAGGGAAAAUAGUAACUCAUUCUAUUCCUCCUUUUGCAUUGGCUUGGACUGGAUCUGCUAUCUUCGCCGCUGGUUGUGAUAGGCGCAUUUUCAUUUACGGACGAGAUGGAAAAGUUCAACAGCAGUUUGACUACUCAAAAGAUGUCUCAGAAAAAGAGUUCACAAUAGCCGCAUGUAGCCCGAGUGGUCAAGCAGUGGCUGUUGGUAGCUAUAAUAAAGUAAGGAUAUUCACAUGGAGCCCCCGAAAAAGCAUAUGGGAAGAAGGAGCACCAAAAGUCAUAAAAAAUUACUAUACUGUUACAGCAAUGAGUUGGAAAAGAGAUGGCUCAAAUCUUACCAUCGGAAACAUCUGUGGAAGCCUCGAUCAAUUCGACUGUUGUAUGAAAAAGAAAAUCUGCAAAAACAUUUUUGAAAUGAACUAUGUUGGACCCAGCCAAGUUAUUGUCCUCAACAAAAAAACGAAUGACAAAAUUGUCUUGCACUCGAAUUAUGGAUAUGAAAUUGACGACGUGAAAAUCAUGGGCAAUGAUAAUUACCUCGUUGCACACACAUCGGACACGCUUAUGCUAGGCGACAUGCAAAAUAACCUCCUAAGCGAAGUAGAUUGGAAACAGAAGGGAAUAAAGAACAAUAUUAUAUUUACGAAUCCGAACUUCUGCGUUAUCUUUGGAUCUGGAGAGCUUUUCGUCAUUGAAUACGGAUCAAAUGAAAUUCUUGGAUCCGUUCGGACCGAACACUUAAACCCAUACCUUUUCAGUAUAAGGAUCAACGCUCGAAAAUGUAGCAAAUCACCACCUUGCAAAAAGAUCGCUUAUCUUCUGGAUCCUAAGACAAUCAACCUGAUGGACUUGAUUAGUGGCGUAACCAUUGGUCAUUACUGUCAUGAUAUUAUUAUCGACUGGCUUGAGUUGAGUGAGACUGCAUCGCGUCUACUAUUCAGAGACAAGAAACAUCAGUUGUUCUUGGUGGAUGGUGAGACGUUCAAAGCAUCUAUAUUGUUGCCGUUUUGCUCCUACGUCCAAUGGGUACCGCAAAGUGAUGUCGUAGUGGCACAAGCCAAAGACAACAUAUGCAUAUGGUAUAAUAUAGAAGCAAUUGAUCGGAUUUCAACCAUACCCCUUAAAGGCGGAGAUAUUGUUGAUAUUGAACGCAAAAAUGGACGAACAGAUAUAGUAGUGACAGAGGGUAUGACAAUAAUUCGCCAUCCUCUGGACAAUGGUUUAAUUGAAUUCGGGACCGCCAUGGAUGACGAAGAUUUCGAAAGAGCUGUUUGUUUCUUGGACUCAUUGGAAUUAAAUGAGGAGACAGAGUGUAUGUGGAAAAAGCUCGCUGACAGAUCCUUGAAAUCUGGGAACCUUUUGGUGGCAGAACGAUCUUAUGCGGCACUUGGUUACGUGAGCAAAGCUCUGUACAUUUCAGCGACAAGAAAAAUGGUAGAAAAGGAUCCAAAAAAUAACGAAUACAAAAUGCAUGCACGAAUUCUGAUCUUGGACGGAAGAUUAAAAGAAGCUGAAUCGGUCUAUCUUGAGAAUAAUGCAAUCGAUGAAGCCAUUAAAAUGUACACCAAUCUUCGCAAAUACGAGGAGGCACUUGAGGUUGCCGAAGCAAAAGGCUGGCUGGACAUUGAAAAACUGCGCGAAGAAUAUCAGAAAUGGCUUUCCGACAGUGGACAAGAUGAACUGCUUGGUGACUUACGUGCAAAAAUGGGCGAUAUCGUCACCGCCGUCACACUGUACUUGCGAGCUCGCGUUCCGGGCAAAGCAGCCAGUCUUGCCCUUUCGGAUGCUACCCUCUCAGAGGACCGUGAUGUUCUCGAACAGAUUGCCCACUCUCUGGUUCAAGCUGGACGACACGAGAAGGCCGGUGAUAUGUACCAGCGUCUGAAGCAGUUGGACGCGGCCAUGCGCUGCUAUAGAGCUGGGGGAGCUUACCAACGUGCCCUUGAUCUCGCUCGUUCUACCUUUCCCAGUGAUGUCGUCCGUCUGGAGGAGGAGUGGGGAAAUCAUCUAGUUAGUCUCGGACAACUGGACAGUGCAAUACAUCACUUUAUUGAAGCUGGUCUACUUUCUUACCUGCUAGGCUAUUUUGCUCUUUUACAAAUUAAGUCACCAACAAUACUGUUUAGAGCCUACGUAAAGGCCGUGGAUGCGGCGAUCAAGUCAAAUCAGUGGACUAAAGCCGCGGAAGUGUUGGAAAGCAUUGAGGAGUCGAAGGCGGAUGAAGUGGUACCCUACUACCUGGAGAUAGCCAAACACUACGCAAGAAGCCGAGAAUACUCCCGUGCAGAGUCGGCCUUCUUGAAGGCGCGGGCACCAAAGGAGGCCAUCGAGAUGUACACCAGCGCAGGCAUGUGGGAACAGGCCCACGCUCUGGCCUCCGAAAGCAUGGACCCGAGUGAUCUGACCGAGCAAGCCGAACAGUUGGACAAGAUGGGUAAACUGAAGGACGCUGAGCGCCUCUAUCUGACAGUGAAGAGGACGGACCGUGCAAUUUCAAUGUAUAAGAACCACAGGCAGUACCGUGACAUUAUAAGACUCGUUCGUGUACACAAUCCGGACAUCCUUGAGCAGACUUACUUUAGGCUGGCACAAGAAUUGGAGCUUGAGGGCAAUCUGCGACAGGCAGAGCAGUACUACAUGGAGGCAGGAGAAUGGAAGUCCGCUAUAAACAUGUACCGAACGCGUGAUCAAUGGGAAGAGGCCUUCCGGGUUGCUGGUGACUGUAAAGAGCAACCAGAGUUGCGUAAGCAAGUGGCCUUUCUUUGGGCCAAACACUUGGGCAGUGACUCUGCCGUUCGUCUGCUCAAUCGUCUGGGUCUUCUGGACACAGCUAUUGAGUACGCCACGGAGCACUGCAUCUUUGACUUCGCUUUCGAAUUGGUUCGUGGUUGCGCUCCUGAAAAGAUUGCCGAUGUGCACAAUAAAUACGCCAUGUUCUUGGAGGAUGAGGGCAAGUUUGCCGAAGCCGAGGAGGAAUUCAUAAAGGUGGGUUUCUCAUAUACCUUAGUACUUUACAUUUUCAUUCUAAAUUUCUUCGAAUUAAUAGGUUUUAACGGUAGAUUUGAGAAGAAAACGCCGGCACUGCACGCGUAA